AUGGAGUAUUCGCUGGUACAUCCAGAGCCAAUCUCCCGAAUUUCCACUCCUACAAAAGAUGCCAAGCAUCAGCCUCGUCCAUCAAGAUCAGCAAGGACUUCGUUACGAGCCUGGAAGUGGGAGCUUGCCACAUGGCUGCUAGGAACGACUGCGCUCUGUGCCAUCGUGACGCUACUCAUUUUGUACAGAGAUAAGCCGCUCAAGGAAUGGACCGCCAACUUCCGCUUGGCCACCGCCAUCGCCGCUCUUUCUCAGGUCGCACAGUCCGCCUUGCUUGUCUCGGUAUCAUCCUGCAUCGGUCAAUUGAAAUGGUCGUAUUUGCGCAAGGAGCGUUCGACUCUGGACAUCAGUAGGUUCGAACAGGCUUCUCGCGGGCCCCAGGGGAGUCUCAUGUUGCUUUUAAGCAUUCAUCCGUAUGUUCACCUCCGUGUACCUGCAGCUGCAUUCACAACAAGCUCACGAUGUAAGACAUCUAGUGUCGGUUGGGGCAAUCGCGACUAUCUUGCUGCUUGGCUUUUCGCCAUUUGCACAGCAGUCGGCGACAAUUAG